AAAAAGAUUUAGGCGCAUACUCAUGAAUUUUAUCGUUUCUCAACUAUCAGAGUAUACUUAACCUCAUUUGCGAAAGUAAACAAAUAUGUGUAGAAGUGAAAUAAUCUAAGACAUUUUUUAACUUACAAUUAUGCCAUUCACAGCUGACGCAGCAGCUCAUCAAAUUCAAGAACGAUUGAAAAAUAUUUAUCAGUUAGUACGAGAUAUUGAAAAUGAACGAAAUCGAUCCGAAGUGAAUUUAAAUAAUAUAACAAAGGCGCACGAAAAAGUGACGCCAGAUGACAAGAUAACACCUUAUUAUCAACAAAAAUUAAAAACCUUAUACAACUCUGCAAUUCAAGAUGCUCAACAAGAAGAAGAAUUACUUCGCUCAGCUUUAACUAAAAUAAAUGAAAUUCGAGCUAUUAGAAAUGAGAGAAGAAUCCAAGCACGUAAUGCUGGAAAUAAGGAAACGAUUAGGAGAGGUGCUUUGAUGAAAAUGUUACAAAGUACUGCAGCAACUUUGCCUUUGUAUAUUGGCAAAACACCGGGGGCUAAAGCUCCACCACUUUGUGGAGCAGUACCAGCAGAGCCAACAUACAUCGCUAAGAUGGGAGAUAUGGUGGCAGCCUUAGUCAAAGGCUCUGAAGAAGAAGAAAACUGGAUUUUAGCUGAAGUAGUUCACUUCAAUCCAGCUACAAAUAAAUACGAAGUUGAUGAUAUUGAUGAAGAACAAAAAGAUCGACACACAUUAUCGAGACGAAGAGUAGUUCCAUUGCCUUUGAUGCGAGCUAAUCCUGAAACUGAUUCUCAUGCAUUAUUUCCAAAGGGUUCGAUAGUGAUGGCCCUUUAUCCUCAAACCACUUGUUUCUAUAAAGCAGUUGUUAACCAAUUACCAACUUCAGCAACUGAGGAGUAUGAAGUUUUAUUUGAAGAUGCAACUUAUGCUGAUGGAUAUUCUCCACCACUUAAUGUAGCUCAAAGAUAUGUAAUAUCCAUUAAAGAAGGAAAGAAGAGUAAAAGUUAGCUAAUUCAAUUUUCGGGAUCGAAUUCAUCAAAUUUAUUUAUCAAAUAAAUUAUUUAAAUAUUUACUCAACGUAUAUACUGGCAUCCCUACUACGGUAUAGUAAUCACCAUCUAUUUUCUCGAUCAAGCAGCCACCAACACCUUGGAUUCCAUAACCUCCAGCUUUAUCCCUGUAAAUUAUGUAAUAAUGAAACAUUGAUCUAAUAAAGAUACUAUUUUAAUUUAUGAUAAACAAAA